GGUAACAGACAGCAAUAUAUACUUCAGGCGCAAGGUCUCGCUCAUUACUCCGCGAUGGCCAGUAUGUGGUUCAGUUUCCUCUCCCUGGUGGUGGUAGCAUGCGGUGCUUCAGAGGUGAACCUGCGGCCAAAAGCAACUUGCGAUCCACCCUUCCAUGAAGUGGGUGCGAGUAAAAAGUGUCUUCUUGUGAAUAACCUCACCGUUGGUUCCUGGCAUGACAUGCAACACUACUGCUCACUUCUAUCAGCAAAACUGGUGAAACUCGACAGCGCAGAGGACUUCGCUGACCUUGUACAAUAUAUCAGAAAUGAAGGUUUAACGAAAGCCUUCUACUGGAUUGGCGCCUCGGACAUAGCUCAGGAAGGCACAUGGACCUGGACCGACGGGUCAGAUGUCGCUAUGGGCGCCCCCUUCUGGAGUCCUACUGGAAGUGGGUGCAGUCAGGUGGAACCGAUCGGAGGAGCCAACAGUGACUGCGCAGCCCUCAAUCCUAACAAAUUCUAUUAUUUUGAUGAUAUGCCUUGUUCAAAUGAAGCAGCUGCCCUUUGCGAAAGAUAGAUGUAACUGUCCCAUAAUAAAAUAAAUCCCAAAU